AUGACGUCGGAAACAUCCUCAGGGAUAGAAGAAUGGCAACAGAGACCGCCAUUUAUCAAGGCCCAGAAUGGCAAGGAACCUGGCAUGUGGGCCGCUAUCUUCCAUAAAUCGGACUUGGCCUUCACUCGCGGCCACCAGUGGCUGGAUUUCUACAACCAGUCGGAGAAGCAACAAGCCCAUCAUCUACCGUGUAAAGUUUCAUGCUCCUACUGCCAUGCCCCGAUCAUGGAUGAGGGGAGGAAUGUCUUGUUGUUGUUUCCAGGUCUGAUUGAACCCGAGAGUGGAUUGGCGAAGGGGGGAAAGGGGACGGGAACGGUGAGGCAAGCUUUUGAGCCCAGCUGUCAUAUUUUUUAUUCUCAGCGGAUGGUCGAUAUCAGGGAUGGCAAGCCGAAAUGGGCGGGGAUGAAUGAUUCCAGUGAUCUAAUUGAGGAGUGA